GUAAAAACGAUAUUGGAUAUUGGAUGUUGAGAGAGCACAAUUACACACGAAGACAAUAGAAAUGGAAAAUCUAAUUGGAGAAACACGGAAAAUUAACAAGUUUAAGUAUCAUGAAAAAGAUUUAGAGUUGACAGUCACACAAGAUCAAUUAAUACAACGCUGUCGACUAACAGUUUCAAUUUGCAUUUGAAGUGCUCGCUUCGCAAUAUAUUCAAAGAGCUGCAGAUUUUGUCGAUGUACACACAUUCAUGGCAAAAGAUAGAUUAGUGUUUUUCACAGAUUAUACAAGGAAAUGUUGCGCAAACUGUCACAUUUGGCUGAAGAAUUUCGAAUAGCAACAGAAAAACGUGUUAACAAAACAGAACGUCGAACUUUAGAAUCAAAUUAUACACUAAAUGAAAAAUUAUCAUGUUUAAGCACUGAAAUGCUGAAUAUUAUGGGUAAAAAUAAAUCGUAUAAACAAGCCACUAAACAAUUGAAGCAUGAUGUUCAUGUCUUACGAGACGUUAGAAACGAAAUGCAUAAAAAUUGGUCGAAUCAGAUCCAAUCACUGAAGCAUUCGAUAUCUAAUUGUUUGGAAAAGGAAAAAAAGUUAUUCUCAAUUAAAGAAAUGUUCCCAAUGAAAGAAAAUGUUUGUAUACUGAAUAAGGACUUGUUUCAAACACAUAUUGACGAUAUGAAUAUAAAAGGAGAUGAACUCAAUGAAGAAGUACACAAUCUAAGGUCAAAGUAUGACGAGUCAUUAUCGCAGUUUGAAGAAUACAAGUACAUAAGGAGAGAAGAGCUACACCGUUUAAAGCAGUUAAUUCAAGCAAGAAAUCAUUUAUGUCAAUUAGUUUCCGAUUGUAAAACUGCACUACAAGAAGCUUAUGAAAUGUAUGAACCAGAAAGUACUACAAAAUUAAAUUUCACUGAACGUGUUCAACGGUUCGACCAUUUGUUGACUGCAUUCUUUAUUAUAAUUUACACAUGUGAUCAGCUGAUUUCACGUAUUACUCCAUACCAGAUUGGAGAUUUUCGUUGGAAACGAUUAUCUACCUGUGUACCGUCAGCCUCAACAAGACAAUCACUUGGUGGUCAAAAGGUUAUGUUUAGUGACUCAGUGCAGGAUUCAUUAGCAACAUCAUCACUGGCUAAUGUCGACAGUCAAACAAGGAAGACAUUUUCAGGGAAAGAUGAGUCAACUGGAUCGAAUUUGGAGUCAGUUGAAAAAGAUGAUUUACCCAUAGACUUCCCCUUAGCAUCGAAAUUUGGCUUGGAACCAGUUGAUCCGAACAAGCCACAAACUAUCAAUUCAGAUUUACUUAAAGAAUUAUCAAAAUGUUCACGUCAGUCAGGAAAACGAACAAAUACACCAUCAGUACAUGCAGUUGCUGUGCAAACGGAACCACUAUACAACAUCAAUGACAACAACAGUAACAACAAAAAACAAACAUCAGAGAAAUUUAAACAAAAGCGAUCCAUUGAAUUAAUUCAUUUUAGAAAUCGUCGUGGUAUUCUACACCUUCCGCUAAUCAAUUCAACAAUUCUAGCACCGAAAGAAUGCUAUGAUGAAUUGUACAGUUUUAAUAUUCGACCAAUUUAUAAACCCAAAUCACCCCAGUUACCGAGUUUAUAUCAGUUAGCUAAGAUAUAAUUGAUUGUGUAUAAUAAUAAUAAUAGUAGUAGUACUGAAAAAGCAAGCGGGUUAUUUGUGUGAAUAGGAAACCUCUUCGAUUAAAAUGGCACAAAGAAGUACAGACCAUUUCUCCACAACAGUCAUGUACUUGUUGUCACUUAAGAGUUUUCCAAAAAUCUGAGCCUGCACUGUGAUGGUCAGUUUCAUCCACACACAUAGACACAGAAAUAACCUGAAUAGUCAAAUAACUAACUGUUUCCUAAAGGAACAUUUUGUGACUAAGUCUUUCAUUGAUUAACUGUCCACUUCUUGUUUGUAAACUACUGUCCUCUGUCAUAGGAGAUAUAACAGAGAUGGAGUAAUGAAUGUCAUAGAAUCGGCUCUCCUUUUGAGAA